CGACGCCGGUCCGAGCCCAACAGGGCACCGCCGCGACUCAACAAGCGGCGCUUCCCGGGGCUGCGGCUCUUUGGGCACAGGAAAGCCGUCACCAAGUCGGGCCUUCCCCACCUGGCCCCACCGCCUCCUGCUUCUGGGGCCCCCUGCAUCGCCUCAGAGAGGCAGAUCCGGAGCACAGUGGACUGGAGUGAGUCAGCGACGUAUGGGGAGCACACCUGGUACGAGACCAACGUGUCGGGGGACUUCUGCUAUGUUGGGGAGCAGUACUGGGUAGCCAAGAUGCUGCAGCAGUCAGUGUCCCGGAGAAAGUGUGCGGCCUGCAAGAUUGUGGUGCACACCCACUGCAUCGAGCAACUGGAGAAGAUAAAUUUCCGCUGUAAGCCAUCCUUCCGUGAAUCAGGCUCCAGGAAUGACCGUGAGCAACCUUUUGUACGGCACCUCUGGGUACACAGGCGACGCCAGGACGGCAAAUGUCGGCACUGUGGGAAGGGCUUCCAGCAGAAGUUCACCUUCCACAGCAAGGAGAUCGUGGCCAUCAGCUGUUCCUGGUGCAAACAACCAUACCACAGCAAGGUGUCCUGCUUCAUGCUGCAGCAGAUCGAGGAGCCGUGCUCCCUGGGGGUCCACGCAACCGUGGUCAUCCUGCCCACCCGGAUCCUCCUUGCCCGGAGGCCCCAGAACACCCUCAAAGCAAGCAAGAAGAAAAAGAGAGCGUCCUUCAAGAGGAAAUCUAGCAAGAAAGGGCCCGAGGAGGGCCGCAGGAGACCCUUCAUCAUCAGGCCCACCCCAUCCCCCCUCACGAAGCCCCUGCUGGUGUUUGUGAACCCCAAGAGUGGGGGCAACCAGGGCGCCAAGAUCAUCCAGUCCUUCCUCUGGUAUCUCAAUCCCCGACAAGUCUUUGACCUGAGCCAGGGAGGGCCCAAGGAGGCACUGGAGAUGUACCGCAAAGUGCACAACAUGUGGAUCCUGACAUGCGGGGGCGACGGCACGGUCGGCUGGAUUCUCUCCACCCUGGAUCAGCUGCGCUUAAAACCACCACCCCCUGUUGCCAUCUUGCCCCUGAGUACUGGCUACGACCUGGCCCGCACCCUCAACUGGAGCGGGGGCUACACAGACGAGCCUGUGUCCAAGAUCCUCUCCCACGUGGAGGAGGGGAACGUGGUGCAGCUGGACCACUGGGACCUCCACGCCGAGCCCAACCCUGAUGCAGGGUCCGAGGAGCGAGACGAGGGUGCCACCGACCGGUUGCCCCUGGAUGUCUUCAACAACUACUUCAGCCUGGGCUUUGAUGCCCACGUGACCCAGGAGUUUCAUGAGUCUCAAGAGGCCAACCCAGAGAAAUUCAACAACCGCUUUCGGAAUAAGAUGUUCUAUGCCGGGACAGCCUUCUCCGACUUCCUGAUGGGCAGCUCCAAGGACUUGGCCAAGCACAUCUGAGUGGUGUGUGAUGGAACAGACCUGACCCCCAAGAUUCAGGACCUGAAACCCCAGUGCAUCGUUUUCCUGAACAUCCCCAGGUACUGCGCGGGCACCAUGUCCUGGGGCCACCCUGGGGAGCACCACGACUUUGAGCCCCAGCGGCACGACGACGGCUACCUCGAGGUCAUUGGCUUCACCAUGACGUCCUUGGCUGCGCUGCAGGUGGGCGGGCACGGUGAGCGGCUGACGCAGUGCCGUGAGGUGGUGCUUUCCACGUCCAAGGCCAUACCAGUGCAGGUGGACGGCGAGCCCUGCAAGCUCGCAGCCUCACACAGUCGCAUUGCUCUCAACCAGGCCACCAUGGUGCAGAAGGCCAAGCGGCGGAGCACUGCCCCCCUGCACAGCGACCAGCAGCCAGUGCCCGAGCAGCUGCGGGUCCAGGUGAGCAGAGUGAGCAUGCACGACUACGAGGCCCUGCAUUAUGACAAGGAGCAACUCGAGGCUUCUGUGCCACUGGGCACUGUGGUGGUCCCAGGAGACAGUGACUUAGAGCUCUGCCGUGCCCACAUCGAGAGGCUCCAGCAGGAGCCUGAUGGUGCUGAAGCUAAGUCCCCAGCGUGCCAGAGACUGUGCCCUAAGUUGAUUCUAGAUGCCACCACCGCCAGCCGCUUCUACAGGAUCGUGGCCCAGGAGCACCUCAACUAUGUGACUGAGAUCGCACAGGCCGAGAUUUACAUCCUAGACCCUGAGCUGCUGAGGGCAUUGACCCGGCCUGACCUCCCGACCCCUAUAUCCCCUCUCCCCACCUCACCCUGCUCACCCACACCCCAGUCUCUGCAAGGAGAUGCUGCACCCACCCAAAGUGACGAGCUGAUCAAGGCUCCCAAGAGGAAUGACUUCUGUAAACUCCAGAGGCUGCAUCGAGCAGGGGGCGUCCUCAUGCACCGCGAUGAGCAGAGCCGCACGCUCCUGCACCAAGCCGUCAGCACCGGCAGCAAGGAGGUGGUCCGCUACCUGCUGGACCACGCCCCCUCGGAGAUCCUCGAUGCCGUGGAAGAAAAUGGGGAGACCUGUCUGCACCAGGCGGCCGCCCUGGGCCAGCGCACAAUCUGCCACUACAUCGUGGAGGCCGGGGCCUCGCUCAUGAAGACAGACCAGCAGGGCGACACGCCCCGGCAGAAGGCCGAGAAGGCUCAGGACACCGAGCUGGCCACCUACUUGGAGAACCGGCUGCAUUACCAGAUGAUCCAGCGGGAGGAGACAGCUGUGUAG